UUAUUCCUCCUGUCUCUACAUGCGUAAAGACUAAAGUACAUAUUGUAAAUCGAGCUUGAGUACAGAUGAUUAUGAAAACGUCGGUUUUACCAAUACUGAUAAAGUGUAAUAAUAUGCUAAUAAAGCGAAAAUGCAGUCAUUUGACGGUUGACAAAUUUUAAUGAGAGUAAAUGUGCAGUAUUUUUUUCGUUCUGUGAAUCUACAAAAUAGUAGACUACCAUGCCUUCUACAAAGAAGACAUCUUUUCAAGACAACUGGCUGACUAACCCUCUCUAUGAAAAAUGUAUCAAGCGAGUUCCUGACAAUAUUCAUGCAGCUCAUUGUACUAUUUGCUACACUAAUUUUGGUCUUAGUAAUAUGGGAAAAGGAGCACUAGACAGUCACAUAUCAGGUAAAAAGCAUAAAAAGGCGGUGCUAGACAUUAAUAGCAGCUUGAACAUUAGCAUGUUUGGCGUUCCUGAAGAAUCGAGAAUAACAACUGAUGAAAAUCAGCCGUUACUGAUAUUCACGAGAGUGAAAGAAGAACUGCAGAUCAGUCAAGAUCUGGAAGGGACAAUAUCGAGAGAGCUUCACCUGCUAAGAAAUCGCAUGGUCUGUCACAGUUUUUGA